AUGAACAUUCGAUUGGCCCGGGCUGAAGAUGUUGUGGACAUGCAACAAGCAAAUCUGGUGAACUUACCGGAAAACUAUCAUAUACGCCUCUGGAUUUAUCAUAUAGUUACCUGGCCGCAACUAUCGUACGUCGCCGAGGAUCGUAAAGGAAGGAUAGUUGGCUAUGUUUUGGCGAAAAUAGACGAAGAAUCUGAGGACAAGUCAGCGGACGUUCACGGUCACAUCAACUCUAUAUCUGUUAUGCGGAGCUACAGGCGACUAGGCUUAGCCAAGAAGCUAAUGUUACUCUCUCAGGAAGCCAUGGCAUCCGUCUACAAGGCCAAAUAUGUCUCUCUCCACGUACGGGAAACCAACCAGGCCGCAAUUGGGCUAUACAGAGAUACGUUAGGGUUCGAAGUCGCGAAUACUGAGAAGGGAUAUUACGCGGAUGGAGAGAACGCAUACAUGAUGCGGUUAGAUUUCAAGAACAAAUUCUAA